AUGGCCCGUCCGCGCCCGGAAGUCGCCGCCACGCCGGAAGCGGCCCCGGUGCCUCCGCCCCGCGCUCGGGGCACUGCGGAGCUGGCGGCGGCAGAUGCUGGCGGCGCCGUGGGCGCGCGCGGGGCCCGGGCCCGGCGGCGCGCCCCGACCUGGGAGAUCUCGGACUCGGAGCCCGAGGACACCCCCGGAGCCCACGCUCCGGCCGAGGCCUCGCGGCCGCCGCGCCCCGACACGGCCCUGCGUCGCCUGACCGUGCGGGUGGAUCCAGCUGUUCUGGAGGACCCCGGGGCCGACCUCCUGCUGGAGGCGCUGGGCGCGCUGGGCUGCGAGUGCCUGGUGGAGCCCCAGCGCCAGGCGCGCAGCCUCCGGUGGAGCAGCUCCCAGCCGGACCCGUGUCCCCACAGCGUGCCUCCCGUGGGACGGGCCUCGGAGGAGCAGGAUGUGCUGCAGCUCCUGGAGCCCGAGGAGUUCCUGCAGGGCGUGUGGCAGCUCACCCAGAUACAUGGCCGCAGCUGCUCGGUGCCCUGGCUCUGCCCCGAAGGCCCGCCCCGGCCCCACCUGGCUGUCGUCGGGCUGGAUGCACACCUGUGGUCCUGCCAGGCCCGCGCGUGGGAGAUGCAGCAGCCCGAGACCCUGGAGGCAGCUGCCUCCCGCCCGGUGGUGAGCUGGCCUGAGGUGGAUGAGGCUCUGGUGCUCCUGCAGCUCUGGGCAGACGUGGACGUGCUGCUGGCGGCCUCCUGGCGUGAGCUGGCUCAGCACGUGUGCGCCAUCACCAAGGCCCUGGCCCAGCGCCCCUACAACUGGGCGCUGGGCUGCAGGCGAGCGCGUGGCCAGAGAUGGCUCGGGGCUGCUGGGGGCCUGGCGGCGGCAGAUCACACAGUUCAACCGCGUCAGCCAGGCCGUGGCCGAUGCAGUGGUCAGCGCCUUCCCCUCUCCACGCCUCCUGCAGCAGGUGAGCUGGGCCUGCCCCCUGGGUGCAGGUGGAGGGUGGGCCGCCCCCUGCUCACUCGAGCCCUCCUAGGCGUUUGCGGCCUGCAGCACAGAGCGAGAGCGCCUGGGCCUCCUGGCCGACCUCCCUGUGAAGGUGGACGAGGACACCAAGGACCAGGGCAUGCGGGCCCGCAGAGUAGGGCCAGACCUUGCCCGCCGCAUCUUCCUCUUUCUCACCACGACCCAGCCCGACCUCCUGCUGGACCUGGGCUCCUGACCGUGCCUCUGCGCCCUGGCCUGGCUCCCAGCAGACCCCUGAGCACCGAGACCAGCUGUGUCUGA